GAAUAAUAUUGAUAUUUGACCUUGAUAAGAAAAAAUAUUUUAGUAGAUUAAUUAAUUAUAUUUCUAUCCAGGAUCGUAAAUAUGAUCCCAUCUACAUUAUUUUGAAUUUAUAUACUUAAUUUUAAGGGUUGAUUUUAUUUCAAAACAAGCCCAGUGGAUCUUUUCCAUCCAUACUUGUAAAAUGUAUUUAAAAAGUUGCUGGCUAAUUCUUCUUUUAGCGCUUUUAAAUGUUAAAUGCCAAAGUUUGCAAAGUGUAAGUGAUGAUGAGUUAUUGCAAUUUAUAAAAGAAGAAGAAAAACUUAUAGUCCUAUUCUCAAAACAAAAUUGUGCUAUAUGUGACAAAUUCGAAAAAACUCUUGAUAGUUUGUAUGAAGAUUUUCAGAAGCACUUGAAUGCUGAAACUAUAAAGGCGGUAAAUAGUCAUUUAGCAAGACUUUAUUGUCCAACUAAGGAGCCAGCAAUUGUUUUCUUUAGACAUGGUGUUCCCUUAUUAUAUGAUGGUGAUGCUGAUGAAAAUGAGGUUUAUGUGUUUUUGGAAAAGAAUCAAUCCCCGGCAGUCAAGGAAUUAACAGAUAAAAUAUUUGAACAUAUGACUCAAGCUGCGACUGGAGCUACCACAGGGGAUUGGUUUGUUAUGUUCUAUGGUGCAUCCUGUGUGGAAUGUCAAAGAUUGCAUGCUGUUUGGGAAGGUGUUGGUGCCACUUUACGAGGCAGGAUUAAUGUUGCCAGAAUGGAUGCUAAUUUAGCAGGUCUAAAUACUGCUAAACGUUUUAAAGUCAAGAAGCUACCAGCAUUUCUUUUCUUCCGCUUAGGCAAAGUAUACAGAUAUGAUUUGCCUAAAAAUGAUAUUAAGUCAUUUGUUACAUUUGCGCAAGAUUGGUAUAAAAAUUCAAAGGCAGAAGCUGUGCCACUACUUUCAUCACCAUUUGAUGAAUUGGUUGAUUGGUGUGUGGAGAUGAUAAGGUAUAGUAUUGCUUUUGGACUGGAGAUAUUAGCAAGAUAUCCAUGGAUUUGGCAAAUUGGUGUUGUUGGUUUUGGUUUAGUGGCUAUAACAGCUCUCAUUGCAAUUAUCAAGGCUGGAAAAUCUAAACCAAAAGCUAUUAAAAAAGACAAACAAACGCAAAGCAAGAAGAGUAAAUAAAAAACAAACUUUAAACAAUAAAAUGUUUUAAAAUAGUUGAAACAAGUGCUUUUAUAUUUGCAGGGUAGUAAUAUUGCAUUUCAUUCAUCCGUCCACAUUAUUUAUGUGAAGCAUGGUUUAUUAUUUUAAUUUUGGGUUUUAAUAUAUUUUAUGUGUAUAUUUUGCAUUAAGUAAUAGUGAGACCAUAUCCAACCUUUAAGUAAUGGUUUACUGUAGGUGAAAAUUUUGUACUUUUUUCAAUAAAGUUAUUAUAUUAUUA